GCGAAAGAAAAGAGAGAGUGCAUUUAAUCUCAAUUACUUGGGACCCUCUCCAUUUGCCGCUUCCUCACCAAAUUCAGAUACAUCAUUCCUAAGAUCAAGGUCCCAACAUUCUGCUUAUCUUGCUGCAAACGGCUCGCAAAGCACUUUUAUGUACUCUCCAGAGCAUGGCGGUAUUGGAAAUUCAAGAUCAUGGUUCACUUAUGAAGAAUUAGCUGAGGCGACAAAUGGUUUUUCCUCCGAGAGUAUUUUAGGUGAAGGUGGGUUUGGAUGUGUUUACAAAGGUGUUCUUAGUGAUGGAAGGGAAGUCGCUGUCAAACAGCUGAAAAGUGGAAGUGGACAAGGGGAACGUGAGUUCAGAGCAGAAGUUGAGAUUAUCAGCCGUGUACACCAUCGUCAUUUGGUUUCGCUCGUUGGUUAUUGUAUCUCAGAGCAACAAAGGCUACUUGUAUACGACUAUGUGCCAAACGACACGCUUGACUAUCACCUUCAUGGUAAAGGCGGGACUAUGGAUUGGGCUACCCGAGUGAAAGUAGCUGCUGGUGCAGCACGUGGACUUGCUUAUCUGCAUGAAGACUGCCAUCCCCGCAUUAUCCAUAGGGAUAUCAAAUCAUCAAACAUUCUCUUGGAUAUCAACUUUGAGGCACAGGUUGCAGAUUUUGGGCUUGCAAGGUUAGCAGGUGAUGUCAAUAGUACACACGUGUCAACUCGUGUGAUGGGAACCUUUGGAUACUUGGCGCCCGAGUAUGCAUCUAGUGGAAAAUUAACGGAGAAAUCUGAUGUUUACUCAUUUGGCGUUGUGCUUUUGGAGCUUAUUACGGGGCGGAAACCUGUUGACCAAUCUCAGCCGUUAGGUGAUGAAAGCCUGGUUGAAUGGGUAAGUUCAAAAUUUUUAUUUGUUGUUAAUUUCCUGCAAUGAUUAAUGUUGAUGCUU